AUGGAAGUCGUCGGGGCGGUGGCAAGCUUUAUAGCCAUAGGCCAGGCUUUAAGCACUGCUCGCCAUGUCGCUCACAUUGCCCGAGCGAUCCCGGGGAUAGAGAACGAGCUGAGGUGGCUCCAAAAUGAGGUCGAAGCUUUAGGAUUAAUCGAAGCAGAACUCGCUAAGGCGGGAGUCAUUGCCAGUGAUUCAAAAUUCGAAACACUGUACCUAGAAAAGGCCAUGCUUCAGCUUACAGAAUCCACGAGAAGCCUCGAAGAAAUCCGAAAACGCUGCACUCGACCACUGAGUGCCGACGGCAAAGACAAGAUCAAAAAGAGAGCAUGGUUCUGGCUACAAGCUGAGCUCUCUGACUGUCGAAGUAAAGCGCGAGAUGCCAGAGAAAACCUCCAACUUGCGCUCCAAUCAAUCAAUGCUCAAUCUAUCACGAAGCUCGUUUUGCAGAUCGAGAGUCUAAGCAUGCAGAUCGUUCCGCAUGUUCAACGGCUUGAAAGCUUUCCAGGUACCGGUGACGCUCCGGAGAGCCCGAAAUACAUAGAUGAGACGUCAACCCGCCUUGAUGAAGACUCGACAGCAUUCCAAGAUGACAAAACUCCACAAGCUGUAGCUAUUUGGGAAGAUCAGAUAUUGAAUGGAAAUUACGACGACUCUUGGUUCUAUGAGGCGCACGAUAAGAUUGUCAACACGCCUUCUCUACCCGAAGAGAAGAUGCAAGUACUCACUCGAAUCUUGUCUGCUGGUAAAUGGACCGUGAAUGCUAGUCAAACCCCGCUGCAUGAUGCCCUUUGCAGAGGUGAUUUCGACGCUGCUUUUCAAGCUGCCGAAGAUUCCAGUUGGGCCCUCAAUCAGCGGAACUACGAAGGCAACACGCCGUUACACAUCGCUGCAACACAAGGUCAUCUCAACAGUGUCAAACAUCUCGUGCGUUUAGGUUGUGAUAUCAACGAGGCCAACUGGACGGGCUGCACUGCUCUAAUGCUUGCUUCGAAGGGCGGCCAUAUACUCACGGUGCAAUACUUGAUUGAUGCUGGUAGCUGGGUCAAUGCCACUGACAGAGGGGGCGAUACUGCGAUGAUGGUUGCUGCCACGACGGGGCACAAUAAUCUAGCCGCAGUCAUUCGAUCUCUAAUCCGUGCGGGAGCAUCAGUAAACAUUACUGACCAGCAAGGGUUUUAUGCCAUCCAUCAUCUUACUUCGUCUUACAACAAAGGCCGUGUUAUUCGAGAGAGCUUAAGAGUCCUUCUAGAAGCCGGCGCUGACAUCGAAUCCCGAAAUCGUCCUGGGAGGACCCCGCUCUUGGUUUCGAUUCAGAGCGGAGACUGCAGAGGUACACAAUGCCUGAUCGAGGCAGGAGCAAAGACGACAUACGUAACACGCGAUGGUUGGGGCUUGCUUCAUGAAGCAGCUUUAUAUGGAACCACUAAGACGCUUCGAUACCUUUCAACUCUCAACUUACAGGAUAUAAACACGGGUUUGCGUACCGGCGACGGAGAAACGCCUUGGGAUUACUUGGUUUUCUCUAUUCAUGCGCAGGAUUGGCAACGUGCAGGGACCUUAACGCUGACCUCAAAACGACAAGAAGCGUUUGUCUCGUUGUUCAAAUCAAUCAGAGAUGAAAAUUUGACGGUUGAUAUAGAGCGGCUGGAUUGGCUACUACAAUAUUUGAGAGACAGGGAUCAGCGAGGUGCCAUAGCUGCAUUGAGCCCUCUGAUCAAGCAGAAAGAAGAUUGGAAGCGAUGGGAAAUUCUUGGUACAUAUAAAGCCAUCGGUUUACAGAUCCGAGAAGAGAUGUGGGAGGCAGCAGUUGAGUCUGUCGAAGAGGUUAUCGACUGCUUGCGAGAAAGAAUGGCCACAUCCCCGUGCGACAGCGAAUCGUACUACGAUCCGAAGACUCAUACCAUAUACCGAGCCAGAGAACUCGUAUGA